AUGGGUGGAUUCUGUUUUCAGAUGGCAGACAAGGCAGUGUCAGUCGCCGCGAAGCCCCAGAUGCGUGGACUUCUCAAUAGUCAGAUCAAAAAGAAUCUGAUCGUCUCCCUCGUCCUGGCUGGUAUCUCUGGCGUCGCCUUCAAAAUGAUUAUUGGCGAUACCCGCAAGAGGAAGUAUGCCGAGUUCUAUAGGACCUACGAUGCUGAGAAGGAAUUUGAAGAGAUGAAAAAGAAAGGUCUAUUCCAAUCCUGCUAA